GUGAGUGAGUAGUUAUAUAAGUUAGAUUAAUUGACAAAGUCUCUUUCUUUUUCUCUCAUUCUGUUCUUUUACAGGUAAGUAUGAUUGAAAAACCUCAUGAUCAAUCCAAUACCCUUGAAUCACAUGGUACAGAAUUGGAUCGUGUUCGUCGUAAAGUUAUACACUAUUUAACGGAUUUAUUUGUGUCAUUCUUUGCGCUAGUCACCAUGUUGUUGCAAGUGCUUAUACGUUGUUUAAAUUUAGGCGCUGUUCUAACAGAAAAUAGGAGACUUGCUGUUUGCUUCUCCAUGACAUUAUUAGCUAGUUGUUUACUUGUAUACACAUCAGAUCCAAUAAUUUUAUGGCUUAAAGAAGAUGAUAACACUAUGACAAAUAGUCCAGCAGAUCCUACUACUACACCAGUAGUUCUACAACGAAGAUCUCAUUUUUGGCGAAAUUUACUCAUUGCUAUUUUGUCAUUUUUUCGAAGUUUUUCGCGUGGAGUAUCUUGAAGCAGUAUUAUUACUAUUAUUAUUAUUAUUAUUCCUAUUUUUUAAUUUGUCAAUUUAUUUAUUCACAAUGAAUUUUAUUCAAUGAAAUUUUCAAAAAUUUCCUUUUUCUCGCAUUCUCUUUCCUUACUACCUUAUUUCAACAGUUUCAAUUCAUUUUGUUGUUGUUGUUGUUGAAGUGGUUUCAUUGCAGCAUAUUGAGCGCGCUUGUAUGUGAUUAGUUGUAGAUUUUGUUUCUUCUUCUUCUUCUUCAAGAUUAGUGUUAUUUAUGGCUACUACCACUACUACUUAAUACU